AUGUCAUCCUUAUUCUUUGAAUCUCCCACUUCAAAGAAAAUUACUUCCAUACCUGAACACCAAUCUGAUGAUCAUGAAAAUGAUAUACUCCCUUUGAAUCUAGAUAUUCUAAAGAAUACUAAUGGGAAAAAGAGAACUCACAUUGAUAAUAACUCAAAUCAUAACCCCAUAGUUGAUCAUCUUAGUUUACCUCCAACCUUAUCACCAAGUAAAAGAUUAUAUUUACAUAGUAUGAGUCCAAAUGUAUCUAAUAAACAUAUUUAUUUACAACCUUCCAAAACUUCAAGUUCUUCAAGUUCAUCAACUAGUACAUCAACUACUUCUACCGCCCCUAAAUCAAGAUUUAUAAGACCACCAUUAUUAAAACCACUUUCAUUACCAAAUCCAAGAUCGCAAUCUUCAAUGUCAUUAUCAAGAAAUUCCCUCUCUCCAACUAGAAAAUUAAGAAGAACUAAUUCAUUAAUAAGUCAAGGUGGUUCUUCAUCAUUAUCUGAUAAUCAACAACAAUCAGCUACAACUUCAUCUGAUAGAUUUAUUCCUUCUCGUCAUAAUUCAACUACAGGUAAAUUACAAUCAACCAUCACAAAUUUAAAUCCAAAUUCUUCACCACAAAGUCAUAUUAAAGCUCAAACUUCAAAGAUUUAUCAACAUCAUGUAGCUGAAGCUUGUGGAAUUGAAAUGAAUUCAAGAAUUUUAAUGUAUCAACCAUUACCUCCUGAAAGAAAAAAACCAAUUAAUCUAUUUAAUCAUAUUUCGGGUAAUAAUUCAAAUUUAAAAUCUAAAUUAUUAACUAAUAAAUCAACUUUAAGACCUGCUAUUGCAUCAGCAAGAGCUAAAAAGAUUCCUACUGCUCCUGAAAGAGUCCUUGAUGCUCCUGGUUUUGUGGAUGAUUUCUAUUUAAAUCUUUUAGCAUGGUCUCUGACUAAUUUAUUAGCUAUUGGAUUAGAAGAUGCUGUUUAUGUAUGGAAUGCUUCAACUGGUUCAGUAGGGAUUUUAUGUGAAUUACCUGAUAAAUGUAUGGUUACUUCUUUAAGAUGGUCAGAUGAUGGAUCUUAUAUCUCAAUUGGUAAAGAAGAUGGUUUAAUUGAAAUUUGGGAUAUUGAAUCAAAUACAAAAUUAAGAACUUUAAAUUGUGAUAAUCAUCAAACAAGAAUUGCUUCUCAAUGUUGGAAUAAUCAUAUGUUAACUUCUGGUUCAAGAAUUGGAAAUAUUUAUCAUUCAGAUGUAAGGUUACCUCAACAAAUAACUAGUAAAUCUGAAAAUGUUCAUACUGCUGAAAUUUGUGGUUUAGAAUAUAGAUCAGAUGGUAUCCAAUUUGCAAGUGGUGGAAAUGAUAAUUUAGUUAGUAUUUGGGAUGUUAGACAAAGUCAUUCUUCUACAAGUGGUCAACCUUUAUUCACUAAAACAAAUCAUAAAGCUGCUGUUAAAGCAUUAUCUUGGUGUCCUUAUCAACCUUCGUUAUUAGCAACUGGAGGUGGAUCAUCUGAUAAAACCAUUAAUUUCUGGAACACAACUACUGGUGCAAGAGUUAAUACUAUUGAAACUGGUUCACAAAUAAGUUCAUUAAAUUGGGGUUAUGCCAAUGGAAUUGGAUUAGAAAUAGUUGCUACUCAUGGAUUCCCUACUAAUAAUAUUUCCCUUUAUAAUUAUCCAACUUUACAAAAAACAGGUGAAAUUAUUGGAGCUCAUGAUUCAAGAAUCUUAAAUGGUUGUUUAAGUCCUGAUAAUUUAACUUUGGCAACUGUGGCAGGUGAUGAAAAUUUAAAAUUUUGGUCAUUGUUCGAUAUAGUUAAACAUAGAACUUUAGGUUCAAAUGAUGGUAGAAUUAAUGAUAAUUAUGAUAAUGAAGAAAGUGAUUUAAUUGGAAAUGAUGAUACUAAGACCAUCAGGAAAAUGAUGAGUUUCCGUUAA